UGUUGUUCUGUGUAACUCUUGACUUGACGGUGGUGUUUCUGCGGGCUCUGGACACGGUGGAUAGCAUCCACAGACAUCCGUAAAGAUGGCCUCGGCAACAGCAACUUAUGGACAGAAGGACUCAUCCGAUCAGAACUUUGAUUACAUGUUCAAGAUCCUUAUCAUUGGCAACAGCAGUGUGGGCAAAACAUCCUUCUUGUUCCGCUAUGCGGACGAUUCCUUCACACCUGCAUUUGUAAGCACAGUGGGCAUUGACUUCAAGGUGAAGACAAUCUACAGGAAUGAUAAGAGGAUCAAAUUACAGAUCUGGGACACGGCGGGACAGGAGCGGUACCGGACCAUCACUACGGCCUACUACAGAGGAGCCAUGGGCUUCAUCCUGAUGUAUGACAUCACCAACGAGGAAUCUUUCAAUGCUGUUCAGGACUGGUCAACCCAGAUUAAGACGUACUCAUGGGACAACGCGCAGGUGCUGCUGGUCGGAAACAAGUGCGACAUGGAGGACGAGCGAAUGGUGAGCGGAGAGAGAGGACGGCAACUGUCUGAACACCUGGGUUUUGAGUUCUUUGAAGCCAGUGCAAAGGACAACAUCAAUGUUAAGCAGACCUUCGAGCGCCUGGUUGACAUCAUCUGUGAAAAGAUGUCAGAGAGCCUGGACGCUGGGGAUCCUGCUGUUACAGGAGCCAAACAGGGGCCCCAGCUGACAGAGCAGCCAGCUCCACCUCACCAGGACUGUGCAUGCUAAAGUUGACUACUGCCCCGUCUCCCUUUUCCUUCCCUGUCCACAUCAUGUCAGUGGAAACCCAGGAUCUCUGGUCCAUAUUCCCCAAUUUCACUUUCCUGCUUUCUUUAGUCACAUUGUAAGCAUCAUUGGCUGAUGGUUGCAAGAACAAUGUUGAAAAGCAUCUGAAAUGUGUCUGUAAUGUGUUUGCUUAUGAUUUCUCCAUGUAAAUUAACUAAAGGGUUUCAGCUGUUAGGAACGUGAUGGUUUGAUGUCGAAGGCAGUUGCAUUACCCUAGUGUGUCUCAGAUGCUUUUGAACCAAACUGACAUCUUCCUUUGUUUCUCCGUUCAUCAGUGUGGUCUUACCAGAAGGAUUUGAUGUGCCAUUUAAAUCCUUCUCAUGUUUACAAUACUUUGUUUCAUCUCAGCCAG